GUCUGUAGCGUGUGUAGAAGGACGAUUGUUGAGUUCUGAAAAAAAAAAACAAUAUUACGCGCAUUCGAUCGAUUUAUUAAAAAUCCGUAUUAUAACAUUUAAGGACAUGUUGUGAUUUUGUUAAUUAAUAAUAAGUGAAGUUUUAACUAUCUACAAUGGCUAAGGAAAUGAUGAUAGUGUUUGUGUAUGACACAGAGUGUUGUGUGGCUGAAGAAGAUGAUCCGGCUGAUGCAGUUCUUUAUUUUCACCCUGGUUGGGUGUCAGAUACCCAACGGCAUGCUUUGGCUGGACAGGUUGUGGGAGCGGCUCACUGCGUCAAGUCUCUAUUCUCACAGCCGUCGGCGAUCACGUUGCAGAGUGGAAAGUUUAUUAUCAGGGAAUACGGAAGAUAUGUAUUGGCGAUAGGCAGCGAUCGAAAUAUUCCCGACUGGGUGCUCAAAAACCGGGCUAACCUCCUCACAUCCAUGAUAAAAGUGUACCACGGUGAUCUUCAAUCGUUAGCAGUAUCCAUGGAGGACCAGAAACGCCUAGCUGAGAAACUCUACCAGAUAUUCGAGACAUACUUACCAGUGCUGCAGUAUGGCUGCCAUAUAUUUCAACGAGUGCCAAUGUUGAGUCUUCCAAAGAGUGCCACAUCAGUUUAUUUGGAGUCGAUGCAAAUUUUGGAGCAGUGUCGACGAAGUAAAGGAGUUUUGGGAGGCGUCAUUUUGUAUAAUAAUAAGAUAAUUUCAACUCAACUACCACCAAGUCUGACCUCAUACAUAACAGUUGUAGACCCGUAUCGAAUAAAAUCUCCAGCAGAAACGCUCCAGACGGAUACGCCUUUGCCUCUAGGAUCCCAAGUAUUAGUGGUAUACGUCGGUAAAAAGACAUACAGCAGUUUGAAGAAACAAUCUAGCAAAUUGCAGGACUUCGCUCGAAAUGGAGAAGAAAUGAUUAACGGAUUCAAAAAGGCUCAAGAAAUUGAAAAAGAAAAAGUUAGAGAACACCCACAGUCAGGCAUGAAAAGGGAUAAGUCUUUAUUAUUCACAGCCGUGCCAGAAGAGGACCACACAAUGAUCUCGCCUCCAAAUAGAGAGGAGAUACCGGGAGAAAAAAGAAAGCCCAGUAUGCCUGACGUCGUCCCGUUCGCGAACAAACCAAGAUCACGUCCCAACAAACUCUCACUAAGCUUUAAAAACCAGAAGUCACUCGAUGAAGAUGUGAAAGAAAAUGAAAACGUAUUCACGGGACAGACCAGCGUAUGCUCGACACCAAUGGUCGAGUUCAAACGCUUACACGGAAACAUGCUCUCCAUCUGUCAAAAUCUCGAAAGUCAGGAGAAAUCAGACGUAGAGCCGGACGUUCUCAAAAACAUAGAAAAUAAAGUAGACGAAAAACGAGAUACUGAAACGGUACUCAAUUCUGACUGUGUAGCAGAACAUUUUAUUAACAAACCAGAACCUUUGCGAAAGCUGGCCAGUGUUACCGACUUGCAAGAAACGUUUAAAAAGAUCUCUAGAAAUGGUUCCAAAAUCAUAUUGAAGUCUAAAGAGUCGCUGGAUUUAUCACCUCUACAACGGAAGAAUCAAAACACCAUUACAAUAAAUGAUCCCUCCUUUCCAGUAUUCAGAAAUGAUGGCAUUGCGAUCUCAGAGUCACUAUUUAAUCAGUAUCUCGAACAGUAUUAUGCCGGAAUGAAAGACAAGAAGGAAGAAAAUAUGUUUAACUUCAAUCUAAAAUUAUGUGAACUGGACAAAUUUCAAGAUUUUGACUCCGAAUUGGCGAAAUCCCCUCAGCGAACGCCGAAGAAAAUAGCUAAAGACUCAACAAAGACCUUGGCCGUAACGGAUCAGUCUAGACGGAAAUCUCUAUCAUUACCCCUGAAAUCUCUAAAUACAGAACAAACAGAAACAGAUGUCGGUUUUAAGAAAAAGUUAUCUGGUGUUCAGCUAACACCGCUUAUGGAAAAAUUGAGUCAUCUAGCAUUUUCAGACAAAUCUAGUGGAUACAGUAGUAGGGUUAUGACGCCGUUGGAGUUACGCGAUAUUUUAACGCCCAGCUUAGAGAAACAGAUUAACUUUAGCGAAAGUUCCAGAUCGAAACAGAUCCAAAAUGAAUGGGACAGCGAGUCUGAUAGUGAAUCAGAUGCUGAAGGAGAAAUGUUACCGGACUAUACAGCUCACGCAGUUAAAUGCGCUCUUUUUGUGAGUGGUCUACACAAUAUGGCGCUGUUGGCGCUCAUGGAUGUUGAGGCAGCUAAUGAUCCAGAAACUAUUAAUUCCUUGUGGGAAACUUCACUUAACGCAUUAGGUCCAAUCGAGCAGCAUUGUAUAGACCCACUUGUGGCGGGACCGGAAGCUCACGACUACAGCUACUUGAUGCUGGAUCCGGAUUGGGGAACUGUUAAGAAAGGUGGUCCAUGGGCAGCCAUGGACAUUGCGACUAUGGGACUCAUACACAACGAAUUCGAGGAAGACAGUGACACCUCGGAGUUUAUAUUGAGGAGCGAAGACAGUGUAGUAUUAGGAGUGUCCUGUGGGAAAUCGCAAAUUUUUUACCAAGAGAAUGGCCAGAGACAGCCCGGCCUUCCUCCACCUUCUGACAUUCUCGCGACUGCUCCUCUCCGCGCCAGACGAAGAUUGCACAGGGACCACUCGGCUUUAAUACUGUAGAUUGGAUUUACAAAAACAUUCCCACCAAAGUGAGGUAAAAACUUGACUCGGAGGAUGCCCACCCGAAAAUAUGAAUGACUUAAAAUCGGAACAUAUGAAUUGAGAAAUUUUUACAAGAUAUCUCGAAACCAGUUCAAUUUUGCAGAGAAUUUUUAGAAAUAUGACAAUGAUAUAUCAAAGUCUGAAGUUACUGGAACAUAUUAGUUUUUCAAAAAACCAAAUCAGUAUUUUAACAUAACAUCACGACUCAUCAAUUUUCCAAACACAAUUUAUUGUUGUGGUAAUAGUUAUUUAUUACAUUCCAUUUGUAAUUAGUAUAUUUUAUUGAAGGUAUUUUUAAUAUUUACAUUCCAGACAAUAUUAAAACCAUACAUUACUUUAUAUUUACGAUAUUUAUUUCGGCUAGGAAUUGUUAUUUAUGAAAAAAUGUGUUAAUUGAAUCUGGUGAAUAAAAUCAAUUGAGUAUUUGCUCUCAAAUAUACUACUUAACUGUGUGUUUAAUCGACAAGUUGUUAUUUGGAGAGUUUUGUGUAUUUGGAUAUUAGUAAUGUAGAUAGUAUAGGAUAAAAAAAUUAUUUCACUAGGAAUGUAAAUGUUUGAUUUUAUAUGACUUGACUUCCUUCCUAUAGAAAUACUCUUAACGUAGUUUUAACCUAUAACAAAGACCUUAAAAAUCUUCUAGAAAUGCGUAGUUUUCUUGGUCUUUGCUUACUGUUGUUACUCGAAGCUAAUUUUUGCACUUUAUCUUUGUCAAGAGAUGACUCUUUCGCACUCUUUUAAUUUGUCACUGGUUUUACUUCAGAUGACAGUAACUUAAUGAUAUCCUCCUCAAAUCUCUUUUCAAAGGACGGUGCACCAUAUACCUAUGUAGAGUAAACAGGAUCCGUACAUAUCUUUGAUGCCAUCUAAAAAUGUUUAUUUACAUUUGAUAGUUUUAUUGCAAUUCGUCCGAUGUUUUGUUAUGCAGUAAUUCCAGCCAUUUUGUAACGUGAAAAUGCUAUUACUAGCUUGUUCCGGCCAUUCUUUAUAGCUAGUCUGCUCAAUCUUGCAGUCUUGUAGCUUUAUAGUUUAGAUUUAGUUUGAGGCUAAGAAUGAUAUAUGCGUGCUAUGCUCGCCUAGUAGGUUUAAUACGUCUAGGACAUGAUUUUUUUAAUACUUAUACCAGAUUUUAACGUCCCAUUGGACAGACUAUCAGAACUCACUAAAUUUGAAUACUACGUCAUGUCAAAUUUCACAAUAAGCUCCAAGGUGAACCAAUUAUAAUUUUGAAGUACGAAACAUGGCAACCCUCAGUCGUGUUAUUUUACUUUUGCCUACAGGCUACAACGUCCUUACCAUUUCUAGUUAUUACUAUUUAUGGUUGUUUAAGGCAUUUUGUAUUUGUACUUGUAAUGUUUAGAAUAUUAUAGUUUAUAAAAUUUAUGUUUAAUUAUUUUGUUACUGCAGUAUUAUGUUGCAUUUCUUAAACUGCGCGUGUUGAAGAAUUGUUUGUAGAAUUUAUGUUUUUUAUUUAUACUAUUUAUUAUUGUUCAAUAUUAGGGUGAUUUACCGUCUCAUUGAAUUUUGAACCUAAGAUUGAUAUGUUGAUGGUGCAAAAUUCACUGAAGCACAAACUAAAACACCAUAAUGUGUGAAUACGAAAAACAUCUGCCCCUAAGAUUCAGAAACGAGAAUGACCUCCGUACGUCAAAAAAUUAUCGGCUACGGGAAGUCGGAUGAUCCUGCAUCUCAUCUCAGAAUCUCACUCGUAGUAACAGAUGAAAGCGCUAAUCGAUCGUGACGGUUGUCGGAAUUUGUUAAGAAAAAAUGGUUUGGUUUGUUAUUAAGGUUUUGCUAGAGAAACGAGGCGUCCAAAAUAUAAAAUUAUAGUUUUCUACUUCGUUCUAAAUCACCGCAUUCCACGUAGAAAGAAGUGCCAAUUAUAUGCUAUAUUUAUUUAUACUUCUAUACAUAGAUAUUUUAAGAACUUGAAAACCCGAUAGUGAGAUUUUUUGUUAACUUGUAUGUGUACUGAGAA